ACCACUCUGCGCUGGUUGCACGAACUUUUGGUACUUCAAUCACACGCCGAAACCGAAACCGAACGAGACAGAUAUCAUGAAGCAAUAUAUCAAACAGCCGCGAUUUAUGUCGCCAUAUUCAUUGAAUGUGCUAUUGUGCUUUGCAGUCAUCCUCCCAAAGAACCCCUCACCGAUGCAGACCCUCAUUUGCAUCAGUUGCUUCUCCGAGACAAGCGCCUGUCCUGCAGGAUGGAAGAACUUCUUGUUACCCGCAUCCAGGAAAGGGGGACCAUACUAGGUAUUAACAAAGCGAUAUCAGCUGUUUGGAGUGGCAUCGAUCCAACAUAUUGCUGGACAAGGCUACCAAGACCUAACGACCGUUGGUUGACCACUACCGUAAAUGGCCAAAGGACACAAAACGUUCAUUUCAACGUAUUAUGUGGUGCUUUGCUCAUUGAUGGAAAAUCACCCGGUCGGUUGCCGUUUGACAUUCGCGGGCAUCCAAUAUACAAAGAACUCUUUGGUGCAAGAAACCUGGAAGUUGUUCCAUCGGAUAUGGAAGACAUGGACUAUGUUAGCAAGGCUCACAUGUUCCACGAGUCUCAGCUCAAAACCAAGGAUACUGAUGAGGCAAUUCACUUUGGGUGGCGAGAUGGAAGGCUCGCUCUACGAAGCAGAUCCCCUGCGCUUAAUGGGAAGAGCUGUCGGGUCUUGGAAUUGUUACCAGGUGAAAUCUUUGAAGGGGAUCUGCCAUCUAUCCUAGUCAAGGAAUAUCUUCAUUGGAUGGAGUUAUCUACUUGCACCCUGGACAUCCUCCGAUCGAAUUGGCACCUCCGUCGUACUGCAUGCUCCACAUGGGUCAUGGAUAAAGGGCCCUCUGUCAGACUAGUUGACUGUCAAAGCCACACAGGGGAGAUGAUUC